GCCAAUCAGCUCGCCGAUGAGCCGCAGGUGUUGGCUUGGCCGCCAAACAACUAGAAGAGGCCACGUCGCGGCUCUCUUGAAACCCUUUUCACGUGAAUUUCAAAAGACGACGACAACGACUAGCAGAACAAAUCCCAGCAACCUCCCCACCAAAAAUGUUGGCUCGCAAAGCGGCGACGCUUCCGAGCCACGCGCUGGUCCUGAGCUUUGUGCUCGGGCGCCUGUGGACCUCCUGCGAGGCGCAACUACGGGAAAACGAGGCCAAACCGAUCUCCGGUGCGGCGGUUGAAGGGGGCGGGGCUUUCUUCGCCCUGAGAAGCUGCCACCAGCAUCUGGGCGGCGACGACGGCGACUUCUUUUCUCCCGACUACGUUUGCGCCAACCCGCCCCUGUGGUGCAACUGGAGCAUCCGGGCCCCCGCCGGCAAGCGGGUCCACCUGCACCUCCAGGACCUGACCCCCGACGAGGACUGCCACCUGAAGGAGGACCGAAUCUACGUGGACGAGCCCGCCGACCCUUCGGCCGGGACCUCGGCGCGUCAGCGGGUCCUGCGGGGGUGCUGGCGCGAGGCCACGUACGCGUCCGGGUCCGACACCCUGCGCGUGGUCCUGCUGAUCGGCGGACGUCCCGCUCGGCAAUACCGGGGGUUCUACGCACGCUACCGUAGCUUCGGACCGGACGCGCCCUACCGGUCGCCAGAUGGUGCCUCGGGGCCAGACGUCUUUUCCGUCUUUGAGGACUUUGAGGACCCCGGUGACUCGUCUGCGGGGCCGGACGUGCGUGCUCAGGACUCGAAGGUUCGGUUGGAGAUCACGCAGCCGUCGGAUUCGCCACACGGAACCUCCCUGGCGGAAAGAGGCGCCCCCGGAAUGCUCUCGGAUUCGCCCGACCUCGCCGGACCGCCGCGCAACCAUCUGAACCGAUUCCCCGGCGGCUCCCUUCACACCCCGGCCGCCGAGCGCGGGGAUGCCGAGCCGCCGGAAGACCGACAUCAGCCAGCUGAAGCGGGACAAAACGAGAUGGAGGUGGUGGAUACGUCGUCAUCCCCUAAAGAACAAAAACCAGGGCGGACCCUUCCGCCCCUCGACUUGGUCGAGCCACUUUCGGCUCACCGAGUCAAUGUCUGGAACGCCUCUCAAGUUCGACACGAGCCCGGCGAUCAGCUGUUUGAAGUGUCGGUGGAGGUGCAGCUCAGUCAGGAGCGCGACCCCCGCCAGGAGCGUCUGGACGGAUUGCUGAUGAAGGCCCUCAAGGCUCUGGUCUUCCGACAUCUGGACUCGCGUCACACCCCGCUCAGCUUGACCUUUAAAAGAAUUAAAAGGCUGCGUGCGGGCGAACUCUACAUCAUGUGGCUGAACACGGGUCGCGGGGGGAGUCAAGUGUCCUCCGGCGUCCACCGGGACCUCCACGAGAUGGUCGGAAGCGCCCUCGGCCCAGCCGGGAACCCGCAUGGCGGCGUCGUGGCUUCGGUCUCCGUCGGAGACGUCAACGAAUGCGGGACGCAGUUGGCGCUGUGUGACGUCAACGCCGACUGCCUGGACCGGUUUGGCUCGUACGGGUGCCGCUGCAAAGACGGCUUCCGGGACGAGUCGCAUUUGGGCCCCGCGGGAACCGUGUGUGUGCAGCACGAGCCCGCAGGUUGCAGCCGUGGCCCUUCGGGGGAGACCAAAGGGGUGUACGUGCUGUUCUUCCUGCUCAGCUCGCUGCUGCUGAUGUCGCUGGCGGCGGCGUGCGCCCUUUACGGCCGCCAUCGCCGGGGAAGCUUCCCGCUCAAAGGCCAGCCGUCCCACUCGGAUGGCCGCUUUCCCGCCGCCGCCGCCUCGGACCCGCCGCCGCCUCCGCCGCCCGCCAGGGGGCCGCGUGACUCUUGGGCCCUACACAAGGAGCGACGCGCCGCCGUGGAUCUUCCGCUGCUCCGCUUCAGCCCGCUGACGCCGUCCGACGUCUACGCGGACUCGCAGGAAGGCGGCAAAAAGUGACAAGCUGCCCCCCCCCCACCACCCCACCCAGAUCGCAA